AAUUCAAAGCAAAACCAUCAAACUCUGCACAGCACAACUGAAGAUCAGUCUCUGAUUCACUCCCACCACCCACCAACUAUUACUUUCACCCAAAAAGGCUUAUAAAUAUCUCAACUAAGUCCAAUGACUUCAAUUCAACCAAAGCUUAGAAAUCUUUAAGAUCUUUUAUCUGUUUACUUCUUCAGUCGUUAUUUCUUUCAUUUUUAGUGCUCUUUAUCAUACAAUGGCAAAGAAUGUAGCUCAAUCUUCCCUUGACCAAAGGCUGGCCAUGGCUAAACGCUGUUCUCAUGAAGGUGUCAAAGCAGGAGCUAAGGCAGCUGUUGUUGCUACUAUUGCCACUGCCAUUCCAACUCUUGCUAGUGCGAGAAUUCUGCCUUGGGCAAAAGCCCAUCUCAACCACACUGCUCAAGCUCUUAUUAUCUCCACAGUGGCUGGAGCUGCAUACUUCAUAGUUGCUGACAAGACUGUCCUGGCCACAGCUAGGAAGAAUUCCUUCAACCAAGCCACCAUGAAUAGGGAAGCAUAAAUUAAAAUAUUCACCAAAUCUGUAUUCGAAGACCAAUAUAGGACUAAGAUCAAUCAUUUUUAUGCCGAUUCUAUCAAACACGUCUUGAUUUUUCAUGUAUUACUUCUAAUACUUCCAAUGGCCUAAUGUAUGUAUAUACGAUGAUUUAAAAAAAAUAUAUAUUAAAAUUGCUAAAAAUUAUAGCUGGAA